GUCUGCAGAGAGAGCAGGAUGUCCGCGGAAGUCCCCGAGGCAGCCUCCGCGGAGGAGCAGAAGACUAAAAUUGAGAAGAUGUAACAACACAUGAAGCUGUUCAAGAUGAAGGAGAUAUUGAUGCUAUAUAAGGAAAUGGAAGAUAAAGUGACUAAUCCAGAGAAAGCUGAAGAAGCAAAAUUAAAAGCAAGGUAUCCUCACCUGGGACAAAAGCCUGGUGGUUCCGAUUUCUUAAGGAAACGAUUGCAGAAAGGGCAAAAAUAUUUUGAUUCUGGAGAUUACAACAUGGCUAAAGCAAAGAUGAAGAACAAGCAACUUCCUGCUGCAGCCCCGGAUAAGACAGAGGUCACUGGUGACCACAUUCCCACUCCACAGGACCUUCCUCAGCGGAAACCAUCCCUUGUUGCUAGCAAGCUGGCUGGCUGAUUAAAAGAGCUGAACUGCAUGAAUCUUCUAAUUCCCAUUGUUUUUCCUUAAUAUGUCACUCCCCGCUUUUUAUUUCCUUCCACUCACAAAGUCAUUUGAGAGUGACAGCUUUGCAGGUAGUGGUAGUGUGUGCUACUAUUGUAAGGGAAGAUACAUGUAAGAGUUUUUGAUUAGUUUAACAGUGCACUGAUGAAGAGAACAUGUUAGAGCAGCAUAAAGUAAUCUACUUGAAAAUAAUUGUAUAUAUUACCUAACUGCUAGUGUAGGGAGGUCCUAACAACUACGAAGCAAGUUUUACAAUUUUAAUGUUUUGGCUUUCUUUACUUCAUCCUAAUUAUAGCUUUGUAGGUUACUCUUAUUUAAUUAACCUCUAUGGUAUUGAUUUCUUUGGUAUCUUCCUUUUGGAUUUUAUAAACAGAAGUUUAAGACCACAAGUUGGACGAAAAGUCACAUAUUUCAAACACAAAUAGAUGGGGCUCCAAAAGAUUUGUAUUUCUGUGCUUGGACUUGAAUGGCCUUAAACCUGUUUCAGCUUUAACAAUAGAAGUUUACUUGGGCAAUAUUUGCCCAUUCUGGUGUAACUUAUGUGACGCUAGUGCUUAACAACUGCCGUUGAAGCUAAUAUUCUUCUUCAGUUCUAUAGUUAGAAUACCUUUUGUUGUUAAAGAUAUGAAUGAAGUAUGCAUGUGCAUCGACUGUUGAAUUCACUUUUGUGCCAUUUUUGUAAAUACAAUAGUUUUGCACAACCUCUCACAAAUGUCUGUAUUAAUUUCAUAUAUUAGAAAGUAGAUGAUGUGCCAACCAGAAGCACAAAAGUUCCUACACAAAACUCUGUAUGUCAUUAGAGCUUUUGUAUAGUAAGAGUAGUUUACAAUCCUGGGCUUAUAGAAUACCAAACUGACAUCUUUGCUCAGUCUGCCAUAGACAAGCUUUUUCAUUUGUUACUAAUAUCCAUGACAUUCAGUGGCCUUGUGCAAAUAUGAUAUGUUGCUUAGGCAUAUCUUUUGUCCUAUGCAGAACAUUUCAUUUUGACUUUUAGGGAAAUUGCAAUUCAUGUAAUUUAUAUAAACUUUUAAAUGUAGAAACUUUUUACUUCCACAGUCAGUUUUGGGGACACUAAAAUAAAAGGCUUCAAAGCUCUGCCUCCUGUGGCCCCUCCCUUCUUUUUUUUUCUUGCUUCUUUGACUCAAAUAUUGGGCUGUGCUGUUCAGUCUGUUCGGAAGCAUAAUGUCUAUAUCCUAACUCUUGAAACUUGCUCUGCUGAAUGCUGGAUUUUAUAAUGAUGUUUUCCUUAACAACAUUUUCGUUAACCAUUGUUAUUGCUAUAUUAUUAGUAUUUGACAGUUUCAGUAAAAGGAACUUUAUAAUGAAACAAGUUCUUGAGAAGACUGGCCCGAGAACCUAUGUCAGGAUGAGCUGAACUCUGGUAAAUAAUUUUAAGGAAUUCUGAUGAGCUAAGUGAAUUAAGCUUGUGACGAUUAAUGUACAUGAUAGGUGGAACAUGCUCAUACUAAAAUAUUUAGAUGUCUUGCUUCUAUAGAUGUCACUUUAAUAAAAUAUCAAUUUAUUUUUACUUGUGUUUUUAUCUAAUUAGUAAGAACUUCAACAGACUUUAUUAGGACAAAUUUACUGCUCUUUAGGAACUCUUCCCAUAAGUCGUUGUAAUGUUCUAGUGUGAUGAGGAUCAGUAAUCAGAUGAUACUAUUUUUCUCUUCAUCCUUGACUUGUACAGGGCCUCCCUUCUUUUGGGUCCAGGCACCUAAAUCAUCAUAGAUGGUGCUUUGAGUAUAGCACCUGCACUUAAAGACAGCCUAACGCUCUGAGGAAAGCUCACUGAUCAUCUUUGUGCUCUACCCACCCCAAAAGCAGAAAUGAACAAAAUCAGUAAUGUGUUAAUUUGUAAUUUUAGGAAAUGGGAACAAGUAGGAUAUUCCACAAUACCUAUAAUUAUUGCAGGAUCGAUUUAAGAAUUACAAAAUUGUGCUGACUUUGACGCACAUACACUAAAAUUGGAAAAAUAGAGGUUAGCAUGGUCCCUUUGUAAGAAUGACAAGCAAAUUCAUGAAUAGUUCCAUGUUUAAAAAAAAAAUUACAAAAUACUCCAAAGUAGAAAUUCUGCAAUAUCUAGUUUUUUAAAAUGCUUAUGUGCAAGCUGUCACCAUUAAAUCUAUGCAUCAGAGAUGAAUCUGAAAGAUCAGAGAAACCGUAUUAUUCUUGACCAUGAUAGGACUCCUGCUGUGAUUUGUGACAAGUGAUGUAACGUCUGCCUGAGUUUUAGUUUGUAAAAUACAAAGCUAAUAUUUAACCUACCUCAAAACUUGAGGAUCUGUGAAAUACUGAAUAAGUGCCCAAAAUAAAAUAUUGUUGAUUGUCUUUUUAUUAAAAAUUUCCUCAUUAAACCAACCUGCCUUCUGUAAAGUCACAGUGCUUAAAAUCUCAGGAUUUUCCAUUGGGAAAGACCUGUCAUUAAGGAUUUGUAGGUAUAAUUGCUUAGCCUCCAUUAUUGGUGCUUGGGAUGGAGAGGUUUUAGCUUUCUGUUUUUGGUUCACCUCUGCUCAGUUUGCUGACAUUUGCAGAUCAUUUCACCACUGCUAGAAUGAAGAUUUUGACUAGAUGAGCUCAAUCAUAUUCAUCCAUUUCUAUGAUUGCAGAGUUGUGGUUUGAGAGAUGGCUACUUUUAAUUGUCCUGUUUAUUAUAAACUAGAGGCCUGAUGCACGAAAUUUGUGCAAGGGGCUUGGCCCCUGCGGCCACCUCUGCCACUGCCCCCUUCACUGGGGCUUCAUCUGGAAGGACAUCCAGUCUAAUUAGCAUAUUACCCUUUUAUUAUUUUAGAUGAAUGCUGAAGUAAAGUGAAGAUAAAUACUUCAUGAAAGUCUUGGAUAACGUCUGAAAUAAAUUAUCUGUUUCAUGUCUAGUAGCUCCUACUUGAUAGUACAGUUUUGAGAAACAUGCCAGUUUUGAAAGCUACAGCUGACUAAAAUAAUGACAGUUCUUGGCAUUUGGAAUAGUAGUAAUGCUUGUUGGAUUGUUUUUGAUGAACUAGAAGGAGCAUAUUUGCAGUCCAUUUACUAGUUAGUCAACCCUUUUGUGCUGCUGACCUGGUAAGGCCUCUACUUGUUUUACUUCAACAGUGGGAAUUAGUCACUCUUUUUACUUGAUGUAACAAAACCAUACCUCUGAAUAUAACUGAUACUUUUUACUAAAUCAGAUGUAUUCUUAGUCCAAAUUAGUGAUGCUUUAUCAAAGUUGAAAUGUAAUCUCAACUUAAAUUGUGUUCUAAACUUGGUGUUUGGUGAGCCAGGAGCAAGGAAGCCUAUAGGAAGAGCACAUCUGAGUGACGACUAAAACAGUUUCUCUGGUGGCCUUUUCACAUUCCCCAAUGUCCAAACACAUGUCCACUCUUUCCUUUUUCACCUCAUUUUACUGCGUCCCCCAUCCUGACUUAUUUAAGCCCUGAUGGCUUUCAUUAAAUGGUAUUUAGGGCUUGAAUUACCAAUUUUUACUAUUGUUCCCAAUAGGUUACAAUUAAGGACACAUUUUUAAUGUUCUAAAACACUAUCUUAAUCUGAAUAAUGACCAAUUUGAGCCACCAUCCCAACUCUGCAACUCAGUAUACACUGCCAGUCUUCCCCACCACACCUUGUAAAAUUAAGAUUUUAAAAAAUCUCGUUCUGGUAUUGUUAAAAUAAGAGUAAAAACACUGAUUUUAAUAGUUUCGGUCAUUUAAGUAAGUAGGCCUAUAUGUCUUAUUCUGCGAGUCACUGGUGGUGAUGAUAACCAUUAAUGUGUGUUUGUAUUAUUUUUCAACUAAAUAGCAUUUGAAAGGAAAUACCCAAUUCUUUUAAUAUACCCUCAAAUCUGUUACCACAUCUCUUAUUUGUGAUGCAGUAGGACACUGUACUAAAAGGGCCAAGAGUAAAUGCCUUUUUUGUUGAACAUGUCUGUAGAGUUGGCAGUUAAUGCUGAAAUUUGUCAAGUAGCCCUUCCAAAAUUAUACUUGUGAAAUAUACAGAAAAAUAAAUUGAUUUACUUAAUUUCUACUGA